AAGCAGUGUUUUGUUUAUCUCCAUCAGAAAAAUAAACCGGAUCGUUUGGUUCGAUCACUUGAUGACGCGAUGGAGAUGAGUGACGCUGGCUGCAGCAAGCUCAUCAACAGGGUGCGGUUCUCGAUACACAGCAACAGGAACCUAUGCUGGCGGACCCUGCUGCACGCGCUGUUCCUGCUGCACCAUGGCUGGGUUCUGGUGUACACGGUGCAGAUCCCCAUCGAGAACCACGAGAACCCGGUGUUUCGGAACAUGUAUACAUACAAAGUGGCCUUCCUGACUGGUUGGAAUAUGAUGUUUCAAGGGAUUUUUAUUAACCUAUCGUUAACGAACGAUAUUAUGGAGUGGCAGGAUAAGCACCUCAGCAGGUCGGGAGAAAAGAUUCGAUACUGGAGAGAUGUCCUGUAUGGCGGUUUGGUAGUGCCGUUUACUUUAUUCGUGACGGGUAUAUUCUGGGGCGUGUACUGCAUCGACCGGGAACUCAUCUUCCCCAAGUUCUACGAGGAGGUGAUCCCCUGGUGGCUGAGCUUCUGCGUCCACACCAACAUCAGCCUCGUGCUGGUUGCGGAGACACUCCUCCAGGACCGAAGACAGCCGGCGAACAGGAGCUUGGAGAUAUUCCUGUGUUUCUUCUUCGCGAUAGGGUAUGCUGUCGUGAUCUACUUAAUCUACCUCCUAUCUGGGACAUGGCUGUACGAGCUAUUUAAAGCAAUGAGCUUCUGGCACAUCUGCCUCUACCAGCUCGGCUGCUGGGUCUCCUCCUACGUCUUCUACGAGAUGCAGUUUCCUAUUAACAGAUAUUUCCAUCCCGUAAAAAGAAUAAGUGAGCAAGAGAUCACACAGAAGAACGAGUAACUGAGGAUUUUUCGUUUUGCUGAAGACAACAUUUUAGAAAUAAUAGAAGUUUUUAUGAUCAAUUAAUGAUAUUUGAUACUCGAAAAAAAAUAUUUAUAAGAGGUCGUAGAUCGACUCAGUAUCAAACUUAAAAUAUCCCAAAAGAAAAUCUACACGUAGCUGAAGUAAGAGAACGACAGAGGAGAAAAUUAUAGCUAGUAUUUUAGUAUAAUAAAGUAUAAUUUUAUA